AUGUACAUUGGACGAGGUGCGACGUUGCGCGACAAACGGUACAAGACCAUCAUCGGAAACCUUGCACGGGGCGUACGACCAUCGGGCUCUACGUCCGUUGCAACGACAGAACCCUUCACCGGCAGAAGAAAACUCCGGCUCGUUCAAUCAGUCAUGGCCAAUGCCAUGGCCUCCGAGCACGACUCUCGGUCUCAGACGCUCUCGCACCCAGGCCAAAGGCAACAAGCCACGCAGGGAAAGGGAAGGCACACGACGACGCCGACAAGAUCCAAGAGACCGACACACUUUGUCUGCCUGCCUCUCGUCACGGAGAGUUCAGUACCGCAGCUUUCUGAAUCUCUGGCAUAUUUCCGGUCCGUGACUGGUACACCGGCACCUGUAGACCGAGGUGGUGCACAGAAACCAGCAGGCACGGGGGAUCCCAAAUCACCGUCACUGCCAGAGAGUCAAAGCGGGAGGGGCGACGAUAGACUCCGCCUAAUCCCUCCCGCUGCACAUCGGCCCCCUGGAACAUUGCAUCUCACACUUGGAGCGAUGGAUCUGAGCGCGCCGGAGGACUUGCAGAGAGCGGUGCAGGUGCUGGAGAGCAUUGAUUAUCUUGACUUGUUGGCCGAAGCGGGAAUGUCAUUCGAGCACAGUCACGAUGCGGGUACAAGUACUACUCAGGUUUCUACCGACAUCAAACGUGCAGAUGGAUCAAAGGGUUCAAUCGGAGCUGGUGACAAUGGAUCAGGUCAAGAUGAGAAUGUAGACGAGGGCAGUGGACAAGGACGGAUCCACGCAGGGUCAGAAACCAUCUCUAAGCCCUUGAAGUCUCUGGCGCGAGAGAUAUCACCACCACCAAUCACGUCAAGAACACUGGCCAACGACGGCAUUGCGGCGGCUCAGACGUCGACGGCUCCGACUACCGCGACGGUGGGAGCAGAGACUCAACGGCAACGGCAGCAACAGCAACAGCAACCUUUGCUCCCAACAAGUCCAAGUCCAACUCGAUCUCUGACCGUCACACUCCACGGCCUCGGCACUUUCCCGCGCCCAAGCAGUAGCCGCGUCUUCUUCGCCCAUGCACACGAUCACACGGGACGACUGCUACCGUUUGGAAACGCCGUGCGUCGGCGGUUCCAGGACGCUCGACUCGUGACUGAAACGAGACCUCUGGUUCUGCAUGCCACCGUUGCCAACUUGAUCUACGUCAAGGCGAGGCCAAAGGAGAGAGGAGGAAGAGGGAGGGGAAGGGGAGAAGCGAUGACGGUCGACGCGAGGGAUAUACUGAGAUUCUUCAAUGAUGGGAAAGCAGUCGAGGAUAGGUCGGCUGCCUCUGCCUUCUUUGCCGAAGGAUCGCCAGACGGAGACCAAGACAAUCUUCUCCCCGCCUCAAGUCCACCGGAACUAGCCUCAAGCUACAUAUGGGCACGAGACAUCUUGGUCGAUAGGAUCCGGAUAUGUAAAAUGGGCGCCGAAGUGUCCGAGGUCGAGGGCUGGGGAAUGGAGUAUAAGGCUGUCGCGGAGAAGGUGUUUGGAUCAUGA